CUCCCAAGGCUUGCUGGGAACAGUAGUUUCCCUAUCUCUGCACAGUCAGCCUGGCCUUUAACAGCCGUUCCUGGGGCAGUCAUGGUGGGAGGGCUCGUUUAUUGGACUUUCGCUUUUUCCCGGGGCUGAUCUCCUGGGAACGGCCUUUCAGGCCAGUGUUGAUGUCAUGUCUAGGAACCCGGGCCAAACUGAGACAUCUGCGCUUUAUCAUGAGAGACAACGCCUGGAACUGUGUGCUGUCCACGCCCUCAACAACGUCUUGCAGGAACGAUUCUUUACUCAAGAGGUGGCUGAUGAAAUCUGUAAAAAGCUGGCUCCAGAUGCUAGGUGGAAUCCACACCGCAGCUUUCUGGGGACAGGGAACUAUGAUGUCAACGUCAUCAUGGCAGCUCUUCAAAGUGUGGGACUGGAAGCCAUUUGGUGGGAUAAACGAAGACCCCUCGAGCAGUUGUCCCUGGCAGGGCUGGUUGGCUUCAUCGUGAACGUCCCUUCCAAUGUGUGUCUGGGCUUCCUGUCUCUUCCGGUGAGGCGUCGCCACUGGAUUGCUGUGCGUCAGCUUGAUGGCAUCUAUUAUAAUCUUGACUCCAAAUUGAAGGCACCGGCACCAAUUGGUGGUGAAGCUGACCUCAGGGUAUUUCUCCAGGAAGUGCUUUCUCAGGGUCCCUGCGAGUUGCUGUUGGUUGUGCCCCAAGAGGCAGAUGAAGCCAGGCCCUGGCUGAGCACCACGAGGUGAUCCCUGGCCUCCCACAAGAAAUGCCUGGCCUAAAGAACUCUUUCUCCCCACUGCACUCCCUUGCACCGGCUGCUGCAUGAGUUGUGGGGAAGAAGGGAGCACUCCAUUCCUGUUUAUACUGCCACUCUGGGAGCUGAUGACAGAAUCCAUCUUCUCCUCUCCAAGAAAUGGUCCCAGCUUCCCUUUAUCUCUGCUUGCUUUUGAAAGGCUUGGCUUCUUCUGGGAUGAAUGGAAUAAAGGACGUGGCACCUAAUGGUGAAGAGUCUCUUCCCAGCAUAGCCAAUUAUAUCAUAACUAUAGCUAUAUAGGUUCUUCCUUCAGUAGUCAAGUAUUCAAGUUGGGAGUUAGUUUUAUGAGCAGGGUUUGAUGGGGCCCAUCUCUCAUUUUCAACCCCAGCGUGUGGCAGUCCAUGAUAUAAAUGCAUCAGUAGAAGUAGAAUGUGAUACACCGGUGUGGUGUAGUGGUUAAGACAUCAGGCUAGAAACCGGGAGACUGUGAGUUCUUAAUCCUGCCUUAGGCACAAAGAUG